UCCUUUUCCUGCUGCUGCCGCCGCUUUUCGGCUGGAGAUAGAGCUGGGCCGGGAGGGCCGCCCAGCCGGGCUGGCGGCGGCAGGAGGAGGAAGAAAAUGGCGGCGCCGCUGCUGUCCCUCUCCGAGGGGGAGGGCGCCCGGGCGCGGCGGCGGGAGCAGCUCCGAGCCUGGGCGGCGGCCGAAGCAGCGGCGGCGGCGGCUCUUUGCCCGGCCCCGCCUCCCGCCGGCUCUGCUCCUUCGCCCUCUCCGGGACUGCCGGCGGCGACUGAGACGGAGGCUGUGUCCGUGAAGGGAAUGGGCUCCGGUCCGGGCUCCGGCGGCGGCGGCCGCUCCCGCGCAGUCCGUUUCGACGCGGCCGCCGAGUUCCUGGCCUGCUGCGCCGGGGCCGAGCUGGAGGCGGCGCGGGAGAUGCUGCGCGCCGACUCGGGCGCCGUCAACGGGACCAACGCCGACGGCAUCAGCGCCCUGCACCAGGCCUGCAUAGAUGAGAACAUGGAGGUGGUUGAGUUUCUGGUGGCCAACGGAGCUGAUGUGAACCAGGCGGACAACGAGGGCUGGACGCCAUUGCACGUUGCUGCUUCCUGUGGCUACAUUGAGAUUGCACAAUACCUCUUGGACCAUGGUGCCAACAUUGCCGCCGUGAACAGUGAUGGGGACGUGCCCCUGGACAUUGCCGAAGCUGACAACAUGGAGGCCUUGCUGCGCUCAGAGAUUGGGAAGAGAGGGGUAGAUAUAGAGGUAGCCAAGCGAGAGGAGGAGGAGGUGAUGCUCCGUGAUGCGCGCCAGUGGCUGAAUGCCGGCAAGAUCUCUGAUGAGCCACAUCACAAAACCGGGGCCACCGCCCUGCAUGUUGCAGCUGCCAAAGGCUACGUCGAGGUCAUGAGGCUGCUCUUGCAAGCUGGCUAUGACCCCAAUGUCCAAGAUAAAGAUGGCUGGACUCCCCUGCAUGCGGCGGCACACUGGGGAGUGGAGGAGGCCUGUCGCCUUCUGGCUGAGCACUUCUGUGACAUGGAGGCACUCAACAAUGUGGGGCAGCGUCCCUGUGAUCUUGCCGAUGAGGAUACCUUGGUCCUACUUGAGGAGCUGCAGCGCAAGCAAAAUGAUCUGCGCAGCAAGAAAGAAGCACACCUGAGACAGGCUGUGAUUGACACCAGCUUGGAGCAGCCAGCAUCCUAUACCACCAAGCACCGAAGGAGUUCUGUAUGCCGCAUGAGCAGCAAAGAGAAAAUCUCCGUCCAGGAUCAGUCGAAGGAGCGCAAGACCUUGGGCACCAUCACUGUUGGCGAGGAGGAAUCCAGUUCGGCCUCAGAGGGGGAGGAAGCGCCAAACCCCAGUGAGGUGAAGAUCAACCCCCCAACGGACAACAGUGCGGUGAAUGGUGUUGCUGUCACCCCCAUCAGUCCGCUGUCCCCCAGUCCUGUGGGGCAGAAGUUCUCCGGAGGUUCCAGCUGCACCACCGAGCCGGAAGACACAGCAGUUCCCUCUGCCUGGAGGCAGAGCCUCCGUAAGACCAGCAGCUUCGGGGUCUUGCAGGAUGCCAGGCUGGAGGAAGGGGCAGCCAAGGCAGGCGGCGGCAUCAAGCGCUCCGCAUCCAGCCCUCGGCUGGAUACAGAGGAAAAGCAAGACAUCCGGGAGCUCUUACAGAAGUGGAACAAGAACCCCAUUGGCCCAGGGCUAGCCAAUAGGAGCACAGCUUCUGAGCCAGCUGGUGACCCGAACAAAGAGCCACGCCUGGCCCGGGUGACCCCAACCCCAACUCGGCGAAUCUUUGCUCUCCCAGACACAGAACCCCACCGGGACCCACGGAGAACAAACUUAGAAGGUGGCCUUCAGAUGAAGAUAGAUACAGCCCCUGCCCCACACCAGCCCCCCUCUUCCACUGCCAUCAGCUCUAGCAUGGAUCCCCGGGACCGCCGAAGGUCAUACCAGACCCCAGUGCGGGAUGAAGAGUCGGAAUCCCAGAGGAAGGCUCGUUCCAGGCUCAUGAGGCAGUCCCGGCGUUCCACGCAGGGUGUCACUCUAACGGACCUCAAGGAGGCUGAGAAGGGCAUGGCCCGGACUGGGGAUGCCAAAACAGCCUCAGAGCAGUGGAGCAAGGAGGACGAGAAGCGUGGCAAAGAUGGAGAGCAGCCAUCCCUGGAGACUACAGCAGAGGAUUCUUCCAGGAGAUUCCGGCUCCCCAGUUCAGACAGUUCAUCAGUCUAUACUGUAAAUCCAUUAGUGGUGAAUUCACAACCCAGAAAAGGCUCAGAAGCUGAUGAGACCAGCUCAGAGGUGGAUUCAGACCUCCGGAACAGAUUGGCUAUUAGGGACCGCAGGAAAGGCCGGCGGGAAAGAGGCACCAGCGGGCUGGGAGGGAACUCAGAGGGUGAGGAAGAUGAAGAUGCUGAGCAAGUCAAUAAUGAAGAUGCACCUGGACAUGGCAGUGAACACCUAAACAGCCUCCUGCCUAAUCGAACAGCUCCUUACGGCUGCCAGAGACAGAGCAGCGCAUCAUCAGUUUGCAAAGAGGAACCUGAUCACUAUUACAAGAAACUGUAUGAAGAUCUCGUGAUUGAGAAUGAAAAACUGAAGGAACAACUCCAAGAGGCGCAGCUGCAGCUGACACAGAUCAAGCUGGAGCUGGAGAGAGUGACCCAGCGGCAGGAGCGUUUUGCUGAGCGGCCAGCUCUCUUAGAGCUGGAGAGAUUCGAACGGCGGGCUUUGGAAAGGAAAGCGGCAGAGCUGGAAGAAGAGUUGAAGGCUCUUUCAGAUCUGAAGGCUGACAACCAGCGCCUCAAAGAUGAAAAUGCUGCUCUCAUCCGCGUGAUCAGCAAGCUGUCCAAGUGACUGCCUUGGCCCCCGUCCCCUGAUUCCUCUCCAGUGCAGGGGCCUUACUCUGCACCCCACCUUCUUGUGUACCAGAUCCUUCACAGGGACAGGAGAUGUACAUGAGGACAGGGGCGGCCAGCUCUCCUCUCACCACCCAGAAACUCCAGACGUGGGCUGACCCAGGCCUCAGCCGGUCAGGCACCCACCAACCAUGUUUUAACCCAUAGGCCAAGUUGGAUGCCAGAAGCAAUGUCUUGAUUCCCACUUGCCCUUUCCCCUCCUCACACCUUUUUAUUUCUCCCCCUUCUCCAGAGACAGUAUUUAUUUUGUGGCUUCCUUAAUGUGAUGUUAUUCGCUUGCUGCUUCUUCCUUCGAUGAACAUGGGAGUGGGGAUGACAGGAGCCGGUUUUCCCGGGGGCCUCGUAGGUGUGGAGUGGCUGCAAUGCCAUUCGCCCGGCAGCGGGGCAGGCGAGACAACCGAGUCGCUUCAAAGCUUGGAAGCAGAAGGCCAGGUCUGUGAGCUGGGUGGAGAGGAGGCCUGGCGAGCAGGGCUCACUGCCUGCCCGGUGCAGCUGCUUGGCCCGCCGCGUGGGCCGAAGGGCUGCCCUCAGCAGCCGCAAGCUGCCACUGGGAUCGUCCGUCCCGCUGGGGGCGGGGGCGGGGGAGGGACUUGUGCUCCCUCCCAUGAAGUCCGACUGGUCAGUGCAGGAAGAGACUCCGGCUGAUAGGAGGGAGGUGGCAUUGAGCAACCCGGGUUUAGCGUCUAGGCGGGCAGUCACCCUGGGCAUCGGAGACUUGGAUUAAGCGGCUUAAAAAUGGGGCAGUUGGCAAGA